UUUUGAGCUUGAUCUUCAUGAUUGAGAAGGACGAAAGUCAUCUGAGACUUGAACCGGAGCAUUUAUUUCUGUGGGACAAUGACUUGCAUAUCCCUAUGGGUCUCCCCAAAUAGGAACGAUGUUCUCUGCCCUUGGGUCUGUCACCAGAGGAGAGGGAUCUCCUAGUGUCCUGCCUGAGAGGCACAGGCCUGGCUGCAGAGAAUGUGGUUCUCAGUCUCAGGGAUCCUGUGUAAGCCUCUGGCUGGAGGAGGAGCAUGGCCUACAGAACAGGCUGACCCAGGGGGAUACCAAAAUAUUUCUUUACCUUCCACCCUGCAGUCCCAUCUUCUGAGGCUAAUUGGGUCUAUUCCUAAGCAGCAUUUGUUUGCUGUUGGAAGUGGACACACUUGGGCCACAGCUGGGGCUGGAACCCAGGCUUCCAGCUCUAGGAGAAGGGACGAUGCUUUCUCGGUCAGUUGGUCUUCCCAGCAGCCAGCACAGUGCUGGGCCCCUGGCUCCAUGAAUGUGCGCUGUUCGGCUUGACUGAAGCAUUGCUCUGCCUGAGUUUUGUGGCUGCAGCACUAGAAUCUAGAGGAGAGAGGAGCAGAAAGAAGCAGAAGGAAGCUGGCUCACCCGGGAUGUGGUGAGAAACGGAGUAUUAACUAGGCUAGAAGCCUGAACAGGCAGGUACUGUGACAAAGAUCUUCUGGGUCGUCCUGGGUUAUGCAAGAGGCAGUGUGCGACACUGGGUGGAAGGGUUUGGAAAACUCUGAACAAAUCUGCAUAGAGGUGUGGGCAAAAUCUGUCCUGCUGUGCUCUUGUAAAAGGGUCUUAAUUAUAUUGGGAGAGCAGUGUAGAUUUUGGGGUGAACCAGCCUUGUUAUUGUCUCCUCCACCACCUGGCUUUGUCCUACCACCCUCUCCUGAACCAGCUGUGGGCUCCGUGAGGAUGAGCUGUUGGCCGUUGUCUGCCUGUGUUUCUCAGUGCGGAGCAUGGCUCCUGAAGCCCGGGGGAGCUCCUGUCUGAUGCUUGUAGGAGAGUGGCCUUUGCCAGCGUGCUGAUCUGUCUUGGGAAGUUCUGUGUAAGCGCCGGACAGAGUGAUUGCUCAAUAUUAAGCUUGAUUGUCACCAUUACCUAAGGCCACACAGCUAGCAGGGAGUAGAAUGUGGAUGGCAAUGCUGUUGCAUUUCUUUGAGACCUUUGUCCCCACCUGGCUUGGACCCACAGAACUGGCAGGAUGCACAGAUGUGUCGGGUUAAGAUACUCAGGAGUGCCCACUACAGCCCGCUCUUUGCCUGCAGGCCUGCUUCACCACUGUUGAGACUGGCAGACCCUUGCCCAUACCAGGAAACAAUGAAGGGAGACACCAGACAACUCAACAGAGAGGAGGACGCCAGCGGGAGGGAAGACUCCAUCAUCACUAACGGGGGCUGCAGCGACCAGUCUUCUGACUCCAAGGAUGCGCCCUCACCCCCCAUCCUGGAGGCUAUCAGCACCCCGGAGAUCAGAGGCCGAAGAUCAAGCUCACGACUGUCCAAGAGGGAGGUCUCCAGUCUGCUAAGUUAUACUCAGGAUCUGACGGGUGAUGGAGAUGGCGAAGGGGAAGACGGGGAUGGCUCUGACACCCCAGUGAUGCCAAAACUCUUCCGUGAAACCAGGACUCGGUCUGAAAGCCCAGCUGUCCGAACCCGAAAUAACAACAAUGCCUCCAGCCGUGAGAGGCACAGGCCCUCCCCACGCUCCACCCGAGGCCGGCAGGGCCGCAGUCACGUGGAUGAGUCCCCCGUGGAGUUCUCAGCUACCAGGUCCCUGAGGCGGCGGACAGUAUCCUUGGCAGGCACACCGUGGCCGUCCCCCGCCAGCCCCUACCUCACCAUUGACCUCACAGAUGAUGACGUGAUGCCCCAGAGCAGCAGUACCCCCUACGCCCGCCUGGCCCAGGACAGCCAGCAGGAGAGCUUGGAGUCCCCGCAGGUGGACGCGGAGGGGACAGAUGCCGACAACACCGAGUAUCAGGAUGGGAAGGAGUUUGGAAUAGGGGACCUUGUGUGGGGAAAGAUCAAGGGCUUCUCCUGGUGGCCUGCUAUGGUGGUGUCAUGGAAGGCCACCUCUAAGCGACAGGCCAUGUCUGGCAUGCGGUGGGUCCAGUGGUUUGGUGACGGCAAAUUCUCCGAGGUGUCUGCAGAUAAGCUAGUGGCCCUGGGGCUGUUCAGCCAGCACUUUAACCUGGCGACCUUCAAUAAGCUGGUGUCUUACAGGAAGGCCAUGUACCAUGCUCUGGAGAAAGCCAGGGUGCGGGCUGGCAAAACCUUCCCCAGCAAUCCUGGUGACUCCUUGGAGGACCAGCUGAAGCCCAUGUUGGAGUGGGCCCACGGGGGUUUUAAGCCCACCGGGAUCGAGGGCCUCAAACCCAACAACAAGCAACCAGAGAACAAGACCCGAAGACGCACAGCCGAUGACUCGGCCACCUCGGACUACUGCCCCCCACCCAAGCGCCUCAAGACAAACUGCUAUAACAAUGGAAAAGACCGAGGAGAGGAGGACCAGAGUCGAGAACAAAUGGCUUUGGAUGUUAGCAACAACAAGGGUAGUCUGGAAGAUAGCUGUCUGUCCUGCGGUAGGAAAAACCCUGUGUCCUUUCACCCUCUCUUUGAGGGUGGGCUCUGCCAGACAUGCCGGGACCGGUUCCUCGAGCUGUUCUACAUGUACGACGAUGAUGGCUAUCAGUCCUACUGCACUGUGUGCUGUGAGGGCCGUGAGCUGCUUCUGUGCAGCAACACGAGCUGCUGCCGGUGCUUCUGUGUGGAGUGCCUGGAGGUGCUGGUGGGCACAGGCACGGCAGCAGAUGCGAAGCUGCAGGAGCCCUGGAGCUGCUACAUGUGCCUCCCACAGCGCUGUCACGGCGUCCUGCGGCGCCGGAAGGACUGGAACAUGCGCCUGCAGGCCUUCUUCACCAGCGACACGGGGCUCGAAUACGAAGCCCCCAAGUUAUACCCUGCGAUUCCCGCAGCCCGAAGGCGGCCCAUUCGAGUCUUAUCCCUGUUUGAUGGAAUUGCAACAGGGUACUUGGUCCUGAAAGAAUUGGGCAUCAAAGUGGAGAAGUACGUCGCCUCCGAAGUGUGUGAAGAAUCCAUCGCUGUUGGAACUGUCAAGCAUGAGGGCAACAUCAAAUAUGUGAAUGACGUCAGGAACAUCACAAAGAGAAACAUUGAAGAAUGGGGCCCCUUUGACUUGGUGAUUGGUGGAAGCCCAUGCAAUGAUCUCUCAAAUGUGAACCCAGCCAGGAAAGGCCUGUACGAGGGCACCGGCCGGCUCUUCUUUGAGUUCUACCACCUGCUGAAUUACACACGCCCCAAGGAGGGUGACGACCGGCCCUUCUUCUGGAUGUUUGAGAAUGUGGUAGCCAUGAAGGUCGGUGACAAGAGGGACAUCUCUCGUUUCCUAGAGUGUAACCCAGUGAUGAUCGAUGCCAUCAAAGUGUCUGCUGCUCACAGGGCCCGCUACUUCUGGGGCAACCUGCCUGGAAUGAACAGGCCCGUGAUAGCAUCAAAGAAUGAUAAACUCGAGCUGCAGGACUGCUUGGAGUUCAAUAGGACAGCAAAGUUAAAGAAAGUACAGACAAUAACCACCAAGUCGAACUCGAUCAGACAGGGGAAAAACCAACUUUUCCCUGUUGUCAUGAAUGGCAAAGAAGAUGUUUUGUGGUGCACUGAGCUAGAAAGGAUCUUCGGCUUUCCUGUACACUACACGGAUGUGUCCAACAUGGGCCGUGGUGCCCGCCAGAAGCUGCUUGGGAGGUCCUGGAGUGUGCCUGUCAUCCGACACCUCUUCGCCCCCCUGAAGGACUACUUUGCCUGUGAAUAGCCCCCAGGCACCCUGAGCCCAGGAGCACUGGGGCAUGUGGGGCAGAGCCAGGACCCAGGAGGUACAGCCUCAGCUCUGCCCUUCCUCUGCUCCGCGUUGUGGGGUUGCGCCACCUAUCCUUGGCAGGAGCAGAGCCGUGCGACCCCCUCCUGGCAGGGAAAGCCUGAGGUGCUGCCUCCUUGUGCACAAUUCAGACCUGGCUGCUAGGAGUGGCCAAACACGGUGCUCGUUUUGUCUUCUAAAAUUUUUAAAACUUGAAGUAGGUAGUAAGAUGGGUUUUUUUCUUUCCCCUCCCGGGUUUACCGCUCAGAGAAACAAUGGCUAAGAUACCAAAACCACAGUGCCAACAGCCCUCCAAUACUCAGGUUGAUGCUGAAAAAUCACCCAAGACAGUUAUCCCAAGACUAUGAUUUUUAAAAAACAUCUGCGGCUCCUUGUUUCCCAGGACUGCAGUGGUAGACAUGUAGCUAAGGGACAUUUUAAGGGCCCUGGAUGUUUUUCUUCCUAGGGCUAGCAGAAGAGGAGAUGAUGUCUAUGUCAUUCUUGAAUUUUCCCUAGCACAUUCCCCUGGCCUCAGUAUAAAGAGCUGGGACCCGCUGUCAGGGCCCGUGUAGAGUAUUUUCUGUAAUGAUGAUGAUUUCAGCAGGGAUGACCUCAUCAUCACAUUCAGGGCUAUUUCCCCCCCCACAGACCCACAGGGAGGACCACCCUUAGCGAUAUCCCUCCCAGUGACUGCAAUAGAACCCUCCGGGGAGCUCAGGAAGGGGUGGGCUGGGUAUAAAUUGCCAUAUAUUAUGCGGACAGGUAUGGCUUCUCGCUCUCUCCCUCUUCCCCACUAGAAGGGAACAAAGGAGUAGGCUUAGGUAAGACAUCCCUGCCCACCCCCAAAAUGCACCCUUCCAGACUACUCUGCAGGCACAGGUCUCCACAUUAGAAGUAGGAUACCCCAAUUCCUCAGCCUUUUUCUAAACUGAGAAGCAAUGACAGCCGGGGCACAAGCACAUUCCCUGCACUCUCCCCUCAUCUAAGAGAUUGCAGGGGGAAACUGCAAUAAAAGCUCGACCCUCCUUCCAGAGAUUUUAAAGUCCUUUUGUAUUCCGUGAGAAGUUGUUUUUAGGGGGAAUGGGAGGUCGGGAAAGCUGCAUUUCAGAAAUGCUGUCGUAAUGGUUUUUAACACCUUUUACUCUUCUUACUGGUGCUAUUUUGUAGAAUAAGGAACAACGUUGACAGGUUUUGUGGGAAUUUUUUUAUACACUUUUUUUUUUUAAAUCACAGACUUCUAUUUUUAUGUUUUAACAUUUUCAUAAAAAGUUUUUUUUUGUAACUGGAGCCACGUAACAAGUAUGGGGGAAAAUUGUGCCUUGUUUCAACAGUCUUGCUAAUUUUUAGGCUGAAAAAUGACAGAUGCCUAGAGUUUACCUUAUGUUGAAUUAAAAUCAGUAUUUCUCUAACA